CAAAAUGGGCUUAUUUACCCGUGACGAAAUGAAUUCGUAUUUUUAAUGCUGAGAAAUAUAUCAACAAAGGCAUUGGUAGUGUAAUGGACUCGCACAAUUUCCCUUCUCCGCAGAUGUCAAGUUUUAUUGAGCCUAAGGAACAAAACUGUAUGGCUAACGACGCAGUGAACUUAAAAAAUGACGAAGUUAAUGGCAACGGACGUCGAAGACGCCUUUCAUCUUCCAGCGGAAGCAUUCCAAGACACGCUAAAUCUCUUGGCUCGCUGGAAGCUGCUGGCGAGAGAAAUGAACCUGUAAAUUGUGUUCAAGAUGCAACAAGCACGGCAGCAAAUGGAGGUUUCGUUGGAUUGCAUCGUCGUAGAAAGAUAUCACUGCCUAGUAGACCCGUUCAGCUAAAACCUGAUCAGUUUCUCGAAGGAGGACGUGUGGAGCUGGCAAAACGAGAAGUGAAUCUGGAUGCACAUAUGCCUGCGUUUUAUGAAAACCCUUGUUCAGUAAAGAAGUAUACAAGUACUCCCAUUCGAAAAACUGAAGCAAACGGAUGGAUGUUUGGGGACAAUUCUGUCUUAGGUGGAGUGAGUGUCAACCAAGGACCUCGGCAAAGACGGAUUAGUCUGCCCGUAUUGAAGGUUGACAAAUCGCCGGAUUCGCUUCAACCUUUUACAAGCUAUGACUCUAAUUCAGCCGGUGAGCUGAGUGACAAUUUUCUUAACCCUUCUUCUAUUCCUCAAGUUCAAAGAGGUCCAUUAACAGGUAAAAAAGCGGAGACACGUCAGUGGAACCAAAGGCUCUGACUCAUGAAAACGUCGAACAAAAUUAAGAGAUGGCCACCGUUAAGAUCUCAUUUUCUAGAUUGGAAUCUGGAUACAAAAUUGACACCCUGUUCCAUCCUCCUGUAGUAAACACAGAGAGAGAAACGAAUGUACGAUAUGCCUCAAAAUAUUUUCCUUGCGAACGAUACUCUAUAUUUAGAGAUGCACAUCUGUUAUCACACUUUGCGGGUGAAAUUAAGUCGGCAACAUAUAAGGUCGAGUCAUUAGCUACGGGCAGUGACUCAUUCUCAGUUCUCGUGAAACUGAUUGAAGAAGAAGCUUCAGUUAUAUGACAUAUGUUGAUGUGAAACAAAAUAUUCAGUGAUGAUAGUAUGCUAUGUGUUUCUAAGCGCAAUUUUAAAACCUUCCCAUGCAAGUUUAUUAAUAGUUAACUUUAUGGUAAUUGAUAUCAGAGGUUAUUGACCUCGCUAUUUUCCAUUAGAGCCCACAGUUUCUUCUUAUGGCACCCUAAGCCCGUUCUUCCCAAUCGCAACAAAAAGCAAUAUUUAACUUGACUCUUCUGAUACGUGCCGUCCUCUUUAAUUCGCCUGUCGCAAUGUUAGUUUAUAACUUAAGCUUUUGGAAGUGACCAGUUUCUUUGUCAGGAUACAGUAACAACGUACGAAAACAAAUAGGUUCAAUCAAACAAUAGUCAAUCGAAAGUGCAGUCACGUGCAUCUGAAUUGAAAAUCAAGUUGAUCGAAAUAAGACUGAAUUUCAACAUUUAUGAGGGAAAUUCCUCGAGAGUAAAAUAUGUGAGCGAGGAGAAGAUUGCUAAGGUUAUUCCUGCUGUCUGUUUUUUUCACUACUGCUAAGUAGUGGUUAGUUUAGUAGUUUUUUCCACUACUGCCUAAUAACUAGUGUCCAUUAUUGCGAAGAUCGCUUUCAUAUUUACUUCUUUAUCUGCAGUUUACAUAUAUGAUUUUCAUUUAUUCACCGUCAUUUGUUUAUCACUUUACGGGUUUAUUUGGAGCGAACAUAACAGCCUAGUUAGCUUGGUUGGUAGAGUACUGCACCAGUAUCGCUUGAACAUGCGUUCAAAUCCUGUACAGGCCUGAAUUUUUUUCAAGCCGUAUUUUCACUUGAUAUGUAGUGUUAGCUUAGACACUUAAGUCACUAGUCACUCAAGUAGUAUUCAUUAUUGCGAAGAUCACAUUCAUGUUCAGUUUCUUUCUCUGUCCACACAAUUUAGUAUCAUCGAGAUAUAUUUUUAACUUAUCCCUCUGCUUUUUAAACGGUAUCUUAGUUAAAACAAAUACAGAGUAAAUUGCACUCGAAAUAACAGAUUUUUUUCACUUCGAUAAACUUCCCUUUACACAAUGAAUUUAUUCCCUGCGUGAUACAUGGCUGCAAUACAUAGAGCCUCUCUCGAUUCUUGAAUGACUCUUGAAAUGUUUCGUGGAUCAUUAAUAGCGAUUCAAGGAUUGUCUCAGGAAGGAAAUAUCUUGAUAGAAGAGGUUCCGUUUCCGUUCCCGUUCCUGAUUAUCCCGCUGAAGCAGGUAAUUUUGGGAAAUUUUUCAAACGUUUGAUAAUUAUGCAAAAUGUUAGUCGAAAGACAAUUUGUGGAUAAUUGACAUAUUUACACUAUGUGCCUAGAAGAGGUUUGGUCAAUAAAGUAAGCUUCAUUUUACCCUGAUUGAUGAGGUAAGUUCUGUGCCAACAACCUUUAGUCCUUUGGGAGAGAAAACAUAUCCAUUACAUAAGUUCCAUAGGCGUAUUUAAUUCAUUUUGUUUGUUUCUCUCAUUGUGUUAAGUUAAGUCGAUAGAAUAUUUAUGACGUUCAGCGUAUUUUCAAGAUGUUACUUUGUUGAGUUACGAGUUAUUUUUGUGGCUUUGCGUUACGUACCGUUUAGAGCCUCAAAUUCUUAUCAUAAAGCUGACAUAUUUCUUCAUAAAGUGCUGGUAGAGAGCGUAGAAUUCAUGUUUUUUCUCCUUUAAUACGCAUCGAGGUUUUGCUGUUUCGAAACGAAUGCGCAAUUGACCGUCAAGAAUGUCAAAAGACCAAAUAAAAA